AUGGAGGCCCUGCAGAAUAACCGUGACCCUCACACCCACCACUCCUACCAGAGCCGUGACCCUCACACCCACCACUCCUACCAGAACCGUGACCCUCACACCCACCACUCCUACCAGAGCCGUGACCCUCACACCCACCACUCCUACCAGAACCGUGACCGUCACACCCACCACUCCUACCAGAGCCGUGACCGUCACACCCACCACUCCUACCAGAGCCGUGACCCUCACACCCACCACUCCUACCAGAACCGUGACCCUCACACCCACCACUCCUACCAGAGCCGUGACCCUCACACCCACCACUCCUACCAGAACCGUGACCGUCACACCCACCACUCCUACCAGAACCGUGACCCUCACACCCACCACUCCUACCAGAGCCGUGACCGUCACACCCACCACUCCUACCAGAGCCGUGACCGUCACACCCACCACUCCUACCAGAACCGUGACCCUCACACCCACCACUCCUACCAGAACCGUGACCGUCACACCCACCACUCCUACCAGAGCCGUGACCGUCACACCCACCACUCCUACCAGAACCGUGACCCUCACACCCACCACUCCUACCAGAGCCGUGACCCUCACACCCACCACUCCUACCAGAGCCGUGACCCUCACACCUACCACUCCUACCAGAGCCGUGACCCUCACACCUACCACUCCUACCAGAACCGUGACCCUCACACCCACCACUCCUACCAGAACCGUGACCGUCACACCCACCACUCCUACCAGAACCGUGACCCUCACACCCACCACUCCUACCAGAGCCGUGACCCUCACACCCACCACUCCCACCAGAGCCACAUGGAGAGAACCAGCAGGACCUCUGCUCCCAGCUGUCCAAGUCCCUGUAGGGACCCCGUCGAGCCCAUACUGGGUGUUGUUGUUGCAGGAUAUACUGCUGUGGGGGAGGGUAUUGGGGUGGUUGGGCUCCCCUAG